AUGAGUCAGGAAUUGUAUAAGAAACUAAAGAGUGAAGGAAGUGUCAACUUCAUUGGCGGUGGUCUGGCCGGCGCCGUCUCUAGAACGGUUGUUUCGCCAUUCGAAAGGAUCAAGAUCAUCUUGCAAGUGCAGAAGAAGACUGCCAUUGACCAGAAGUUCAAUGCAGGAAUCUACGCAUCAUUAAAACAUAUAUUUGACACGGAAGGCUGGAAGGGGAUGUUUCGAGGUAAUGGGAUCAAUUGCAUACGAAUCUUCCCGUAUUCCGCAAUACAGUUUAUAGUGUACCAGAAUAGUAUGGUGCAUCUGUUCAAUAAUGGCAUUAGCACCAGUGUGAACGCGAAUCGGGAGCUGGCAAGAGACUAUCAACGAUUGAUAUGCGGUUCUCUUUGCGGGUUCGCUAGUGUGUUUCUUACAUACCCAAUUGACUUGAUUCGAACUCGCCUCUCGAUCCAAACUUCGAACCUCUCAGUAAUGGGGCCCACUUCCACGGCGAUCAACGUGCACAAUCCCCCGGGUUUUGCUGAGUUGUCCAAGAGAAUCUGGCAAACAGAAGGGAAGGUAUGGGGACUGUACCGAGGAGUGGUCCCGACUUGUCUUGGAGUGGUCCCCUAUGUGGCGUUGAACUUUACGAUAUACGAAAAACUCAAGGACUUCACCAUUCUCUCCCGGGGAGACCCUUCCGACGCCAGCAGCAGCAACCUUUUGAAAGUGUCGAUCGGUGCAGUCAGUGGUGGCGUAGCGCAGACCAUUGUGUACCCAUUCGACCUGCUGCGCAGGAGGUUCCAAGUCAUCAACAUGGGCCAGCACCAGAUGGGGUUCCGCUACACCGGCAUCGCAAAUGCCCUGUAUACGAUUGGCAAGCAUGAAGGUGGGUUCAAGGCUUAUUACAAUGGCCUGACUAUCAACCUGUUCAAAGUAGUGCCGUCGACGGCCGUGUCAUGGCUGGUGUACGAGUUAGUGUGCGAUUUUAUGCGGGAGAUUUGA